UCGGGGAACAGAAAAAUGACCUCUGUGUCGGGUGAAGGGGAAUGUUGUUUUUUUUUUUGCAAAGUGCAGCAGCUUCCCAAGCUUUGUUCUCUGCCCUCAGCAUAUCAUCCAGUAUUAAAUCUCAUCCUGCAACCUCCUCUGACCCUGUCAUCUGCGGGAAAUGUCCUGACCUCAACUGAGCCGGGUGCCCGGACAGCAGUCCUUGGACGGGUGGAAGGAAAGCUGUCAACAAGGAGGAUUUGGAAAACAUCCUAUUGGGAGAUUAACAAGGACAGAGCCCCGGUCCUUUUCUGUGCAUGUGUGAGCGCUUGCGUGCAGGAGAGAAAGAAAGAAAGAGGGAGGGACAGACAGGACAUCCCAGCGUGUGACAGAUGGAGGAGGGAGGUGGGGGUGAGCUGCCUGGUAGGAGGCUGGCAUGUUUUCCCAUCUAAACCGGUGACAAAGUGGCGAGCAGUGGCUCCCCGGAGCAGAGGAGAUCACAGCCACCGCACGGAGAGGGACGCGGAGCGGGAGGAGAGCCGAGCACCGCGCAGCCUGCAGCCGCUGGAACCACAGCAUCGGGGCGGGGAUCAGAACCGAGCCACAUCGGAGGGAGCGACGUUUUUUUCUUUUUUCUUUUUAAACCCGCCAAACGGAUCGGCAGAGAUGGGCGUGACUUCCCCCCCGCUGCUGCUGAUAUGCAUAUACCUGACGGCAGUCGGCCGGGCGCGCUCGGAGGGCGUCUGCCUCCAGGACGGCAAGCACAAGGCCACGCCCGGCGCGGAGCCACGCCUGUCCGAGUGUGGGCUUUACGCCGACAACAGCUGCUGCACGGAGGAAGACAUCCAGGAUAUUGCCUAUGUUCCUUCUGACAGCAAUAAGAAUGAACCCUGGGACAAAUGUGGUCCUCUGAGCUCAGAGUGCGAGGGCUACCUGAAGCGUGUGUCGUGUUUUUACCGCUGCUCCCCUGACGCCUCCCGCUGGCCUCAUCCUCACCGCCGCUCGUACAUCCAGGCGGUGCCGCUCUGCCACAGCUUCUGCCGUGACUGGUUCGAUGCCUGUAGGAUGGACAUGACGUGUGCUCGCAACUGGGCCAGGGACCCCCGGGGCCAGAACUGCACUGGGACCUGUGUUCAGUAUCAGCAGAUGUAUCAGCACGGCAGGGAUCUCUGCGAGAGCCUGUGGGGCGACGCCUUCAUGACGGUGGAGGACGACCAGCAGGAGGCCGGAGAGAACGGGGCGGAGGGCCGGCCCUGCGGCUGCCUCACCCUCAGUCCCUCGGACAAGGACGUGAUCGCAGCGCUGCGGGCCCAGCAGGACGACCCGGAGGAGCUGGACACCACCAAGGCUGGCCUGCCGCAGUACCGGGCCCCCUGCCGGGCCAAGAUGCCGGCGCCGGCCAAGAGCGGCCGGAGGGCGAACUCCGUCCUGCGGAAACGCUCGGUGGAGAUCGACGACGUGGAGGGGAGCGGGAGCGGUUUGUAGAUCCUGUUCGGUAAAGAUGCGUCACUAGUUUCCGAUGCGUAAUGCUAAACUGUGAAAAUAAAGGCGUAACUUUGUUCUUCUAAAAAAAAAAAAAA